GUAAACAGUUUCGAACAAAGGCGGGCCCGACUGUGUUUCAAAUUUGCAUGUAUAUUGUUAAGUUUUAAAAAGUCGGUGAUGCUUUUACAAGUAUGAUGCACUCAACCUCCAGCCAAUGGCUUCAACCAUUAUCACACAACUCCACAACCAGAUUUCCAACAUCUGCAUUACCUUUCAACCAUUUACAUCAGACUUUGCCUGUACAAUCUAGUUCCAGUGUUAUAUUAACUUCUCAGCUUAAUUCAUCUCAACCACUCUUCCCUUUGUCUAAUACAUUCAAUGCUGACUCUCAACCUGGAACAUUUUUAUCAGAUAUGAAUUCAGAAACCCAGUCUCUUGAUCCAUUGGCUGCUAAUUAUUAUGGAUUCAGUCAUGAUUUAGCCAGUGGUAUUGAUACAUCUCCUGGUAAUCUGUGGUAUAAUUCUUCCACUCCGACUGCUCCAUUGACAGGGCCAUUACAGAGGGAUUGUAAUGUAAAUAUUGACUGUUCAAAUGCACUAGGUCGUAAUGAAGAUCCUGUACAGAUGAUUCCACCAUGCACCUCAUCUUCCUCAAAGACUAUUACUCCGCAACUUUAUGACUCAAUGCUCGGUAUUAAAGACUCGAAUAAUUCCACUGUCAAUGAAACAAAUAUAUGUCCUCGAUUAUCCACGCAUACAACACCUCCUCCUAGUCUUCUUACCGGAAGUAACUACAAUUGUCCAACAAUACCAUCAUCAUUAUCAAGAAGUCGAUCUGACAUGGAGUCAAUGAUUAGAACAGCAGACCACUUACGUGAUGAUCAUGAUCCAUGCGUCGUUUAUACUAAUUUAAAUGCUCCAGUUGGUAAUACUGGAUCAUGUAUGUCAUCUUUGUGUGGAAAUGAUGAUAUUGAUACACGUCGUGGAAUUGAAGCUUCAAUUAUUGGUGGUGGUGGUGGUGUUGGUGGUGGCGGCGAUGAUACAACCAAUCGUGAAUUGAAAUCUUUACAUUAUCCACCCCCGAAUGAUUCCAUUGGUGUCUCAUCGACGAUUUUUGAUCCUUACUAUGGAAUGGAUACAACAGCCUGUAACGGUGUUGGUGGUGGCGGCGGCUGCGGCAAUACAGUUCAAGGUGGUGGUGGUGGUGUUUGGUCGAGUGCAACGAAUGUGAUUAAUCCAAGCUGUGUAACUGGGACAGCGCAUACAUCGAAUUUUCCUUCACAUGACAAUUCUGCUUGUCAUUUAACAUCAGAAUUGACUUCUGUUUCAGUUUAUCCCAAUCCUAAUUCAUCUAUUCAUCCUGAUAAUAGUAGCAAUCAUUUAACACAUGCAAUGAAUUAUUCUGGUGCGGGUAGUUUGUAUGGUGCACCAUCUGCGUUACGAUCAGGUUCUUUGAUUGGAUUGCCGGAACAACAACAACAUCCAUGCAAUAUGCCUCAGACUGCUCAUCCAUCAGAAUCAAAUCCAUCAUAUACUAUGGGAGAAUUUACAAUUCACCAAUCGUCUGAUGUCAAUCCACCAUCUGGUCUUAUUCCUUCAGGCGUGUAUGAACAACGUUCACUUGCAAAUUUGAAUACACAUAAUGCUACUCCUAAUAAUAAUAAUAAUAAUGGUAACAAUAACACCAAUAGCAAUUAUCCAACUGACAUGAUGGGUUGCAAUCUUGAAACAAUGAUGGCGUUGGCAGGAUCUACGGCAGAAGAACUGAGUUUCACCGCUCACUCGUCUAGUAUGGGUUUAACGCAUUCCUCUACACCAUCCAUGUCUGCUAGUACCUCUGCACCUCAUGGUGGUGCCGGUGGUCGGGGAGGUAAAGGUCGUCGUGUAGCUGGACAAAAGCGUCGCGGAUCCACAGUCAAUUCUACUAAUCCUCUUAAUUUGGAAGCAAAUGUUAACCCCAUGGAAGCAAACACAAGCGAUAUGGUUUUGACAUCAUCCAAUGCUUGUCAGUUAUCCACUACUACUGGUGUUAGUUCAGAAUGUUCGUCACUAUUCGGUGAUUUUGAUAAUGGCAGAAAUUAUGGUCAUGGUCGGACACCUAGUCUGUGUGGUACAGAUUCAGAGGAGACAAUUGAUCCAGAUGAAACACCUGAACAAAGGGCCGAACGAGAACGUAGUCGUAGACAAGCGAAUAAUGCACGAGAACGUAUUCGAGUUCGUGAUAUCAAUGAUGCAUUUAAAGAGCUUGGACGCAUGUGCAUGAUGCAUUUGAAUAAUGAACGACCACAAACCAAACUUACAAUUUUACAACAAGCUGUAUCAUUAAUCACAAGUUUGGAACAACAAGUUCGAGAACGCAAUUUAAAUCCAAAACAAGCUUGUUUAAAGCGUCGUGAAGAGGAGAAAAGUGAAGCACAUUUCAGUGGCAGUAGUAGUGGUAGUAAUACGCAUAUCAAUGCAGUUGGAAGCGCCAUAAAUCGUUUGUGUAGUAAUAAUACAGUCAAUUAUACUGUUCCAGUCACAUCUUCAACUAUUGGUUCUCAGAAUACACCGAGUCAUAUGCCAGAUUAUGAUCCACGGUUGUCGCAUAUCGCUCAUGGAAGUGGUGUUUAUAGUGAAAAUACAUCGAUAGUGAAUAGUCGUAAUGACUUAAAUGCAGCGUCUGCCUACGUGCCAUCUAACCCAACUUCUAUUGGUUCUGCUUACCUACAUCCAGAUGUUGUUCAACAACAGUGUUCAUCAGACCAAUUCAGUCAUAUAACCUCUCAACCACAUCAUAUGUCAACAGUAAAUAAUUUUAAUAAAAAUAAAAAAUCUUCAGAUAAUUGGCAUUCUGGUGGUGGCGCUGGGGGUGGUAAUGGUGGUACACAGAUGCAGUUAUCCUCAAGAUCUCCAUGUUCAUUAAUACAACAAUCAAUCCCGCCUACAAAUUCACAUCGAUAUGGAGCUGUUGGUAUAGGUCAUGCUCCAAAUGAAGAAUAUAAUGAUGAUGAAGAUGAUGACGGGGAGGAGGAAGAGGAGGAGGAUGUCGAAAGCAGUGAAGAUGAGACAACCAGAUCGCGUACAGUUUCAUCGAUUUCAAAACUUGACGGGAAUACUGAAACUAUGCGUUCCAUCCAGCAUUCAUCGUCAUCUCUACUUCCUAAUAGUAUUAAUACUAAUAGUAAUAGCAAUAAUAAUAAUAAUGGAAGUGCUGGUUAAGUUAUAUACAACUCAAUAAAUCUUUCAUUUUAUCAGAUGUUUCAAAAUUCAAUUAUCUCCUCAUUGUUAUUGUUAUUAUGUUAUGACUAUGAUAAUGAUUAUGGUUAACACAGUUUACUUACUUUUAUGCAUUUAUAAUAUUUCAAAAAGGCAUUUUCAUUCUUCUUUUUCUCUUUUUUUCUUUAUCACUAUGCAUUUGUUAUACAGUUUAUUUUGUUUGUGUGUUUUGUUAUUUCUCUUUGUUAAUAUUAUUCUUGUUAUUACUAUGAUUAUAUUAUGAUCCCCCUAAUGAAUGAUUAUGAAAAAUUGAAUCAUUGUGAAUCAUAUUGUAAUAAAUGCCGAGAUAUACUGUUAUUAUUAUUAUUAUUAAUAUUAUUAUUCUAUGUGUAAUGCUUAUUUUUUCUGCUUAGGAAUGAAUUUUGUAAACCAUGCUUAAACACUAUCCCUAUGCGCUCGCAUCCUUGUUAAAAUUGCCGAUAGGAGAGAGGGGGGUACUCUGUGUGUGUUAUUACAUAGCAUUUAUUAAUGAUCUAUCUGUCAAUCUAUCCAUCCCCUACCCCCAUGUCGUCAUAAUGUUGGUUUUGUUGCGUCCUGUAUUCUAUUUUCUUAAAUGUUUGUUUUUUCGUUUUUCCUUUGCAUUUAUUGUGUUUUUUCCUUCUUUCCCCCGGUUUAUAUUUGAUUCUUUGAUCUUAUUGAUAAUAAUAGUAAUGAUGAUCAUAAUAAUAUUCAGGUGCAUUUCGGGGAUAUAUUGUACACAGUUGUUGCCAGUUAGUUUAGCAAAGAAGAGAGAGAGAGAAAAACAGUUUAUCCGUGUACCUAUUAUGUUUUGUGUGUAUGUAUGUAUGUAUCUCAUAUCAGUUUAUCAUAAUAGUUAUAAUUGUGUUUCUGUUUUGUUUCUUUUUGAUGGAAUUACACAUUAUUAUUAUUAUUACUAUUGUUUUUACAGUUUAAUCGUUCUAGAGUAUGAUUCUUUUGAAAUUUCAAAUAAUCGAAUUAUUGUCUUGAUAGAAAGUGGUGUUUUGAUU